GGCGUGGCGUUGGGGCAUCUGGGCGGAAAUGCGCUGGAAGAGGCUCGGGCAGCGGGCUUCGCGGGGUAGCGAGGGUCGCGGUGCUAGCGGACCGGUGGCCGUGUGCGCCUGGCGGACCUGGGAAGCGCAGGGCCUGGCGCCGGACGCGGCCUUGCGCCCUCGGGAGACUGAGCCUUGGCGACCCCGCGGGGUCCUCCCGGGUGCGGCGGAUGACUUCCCCGGCCUUCCUGGGCGCCUUGUGCCUGGCGCUGAGCUGUUUGGGCGGCGCGCACGGGCUCUGGAGGAGUGAUGACCUUGAGUGGAGCAAACUAAUCAUGGUUCACCACUGGCCUGCGACCGUGUGCCAGGAAGUUGAGAGCCACUGCAAAGACCCUCCGAAUUACUGGACCAUACACGGACUAUGGCCCGAUAAAAGUGAAGUGUGUAACCGAUCCUGGCCCUUUAAUCCAAAGGAGAUCAAGGACCUUUUGCCAGACAUGAGGAGGUACUGGCCCGAUCUGCUGCAUCCGUCCAACUACAGCCACCAGUUCUGGAGCCAUGAGUGGAAGAAGCAUGGGACCUGUGCCGCCCAGCUGGAUGCCCUCAAUUCCCAGAGGAAGUACUUUGGCAAGAGCCUGGAUCUGUUCAAGGCGCUGGCCCUGACCAGCAUGCUCCAAAAAUUGGGGAUAGAACCAUCUACCGAUCACUACUACCAGGUGUCGGACAUCAGAGAUGCACUUGUCAGCGUGUACAAAGUCGUGCCCAAAGUCCAGUGUUUUCUGCUAGAAAAGGGUCAGGAGGUGCAGCUCCUCGGGCAGAUAGAGCUGUGCUUCUCCAAGGACCUGCAGCUGUGGAACUGCUCGCAUGCUGCGGAGCCGGCGGCCCGUAGGCAGGAAGCUUGGCCGAACUUGGGCCUGCAUGUCUGUGAGGACGGCCCCGUCCUAUACCCUCCGCUCAACGAGACCAAACUCUGAUGCCGCGGUUUGUAAAUCUCCACUUUGAAAAGCAAGAGAAAUUGACAGACUACUGCUUUUUAAAAAGCAACUCACAGCCGCCUUCCCCCGAGCCUAUUCUGUUUGUCCUGCUUUGCACCUCAUGUCUGGGAGCUGAGUCUUGUGGUCCCUGUAAAGGUGGGGUGUGCAGGGGGUGCACCGAAAGGGAGGGGGUAUCCCCGCCUCUUGGCUGCCUUGUGGUUGGAGUGAAGCUCUGGUUUCCUUUUUCUCUUCUUUGGCAAUCUCUGCGACCUCCUUGGAAAAUAAGGCAGGCCCACUUGGGCUGAUGGUACAGACUCAGGAGAACUCACCCUUGUGUCUCUCAGCUCUGAGGACACGUUGGGGGCCGUCAGGACCAGCCCUCCAGCAGGAGCCCAGGCUGCAAAUGGAUGGCGGGGGUGGGGGUGGGGGGGUGCAGGGAGGGGUAGCGCGGUGCUAGAGGGAGUCUCUGCCUUGGGCCUCAGGGCUGUUGGCUCCUGUUCUGCGGUCACCUGCCAGUAUCUCCCUUGGGGGGCUGGUGAGGAUGACCCAGUGUCCCCUGAGGGCCCUGGUGCUGGCAGGCGAGAUGCUCUGUGUGUGCGUAGGGGGUGGGCGUGGGGGAAUCUGGGUGUGUGCCAAGUGCCAGCCCACACCCCCACGGCAUAGGUGCUGCUCCCUGCAGACUAGAAGUCCCGCAGGGCAGGCAGUCCAGCAGCUCCCACUUCUUCCCCAGGAAGGCGGCAUCAGUCCUCAGAUGCUGGGACUGAGGCCCCUGGGGGCAGGUCUUUGUCCCCUGAGGUGCUGCCUGGAGGCGGGGCCCCUCUCAGCGAUGAAGCGCGUCCAGGCUCAGGCAGCUCUGCAGACAGACGUGCUCAGCGACGGAUGAAGCUUCGUCCAGAGGGAGCCGAGCGGUGCGUCGGGAAUCCGAGUCAGAUUUUGGCCCGUCUCUUUCCCUAAGGGAGGGAGGGUCACUCUGCUCUCCACGUCCAGGCUGGGGCCACACGCGGCCUCUGCCGGGCUCCCUGUGCCCCAGGCUCACACGCGCCGCGGUCCGCCCACCUGUCUCCUGAGUUUCCCUGUUGCCCUGCCGCUGAGGGCAUCUGCUUCUCCCUCUGCUCAUUUGCGUCUGGCUCUUAAGCGAAGGGGAAGGAGGAAGCGUGGCAGAGGCUUCAUCUGCGCCCAGGCCGGCUGGACGCCUCCUCAGCCAGCCGGGGCCUCCCUGUGGCGAGCCUCUGUCCCCUGGAGAGACGUUCAAAAGGCGGCUGUUGUUUCUUCUGACUCAUUUUGCAAAUACAUGGCUCAAGGCAAGGGUUUCUACUUCAUUAUUUCCAGAUGAACUGGUAAAUUUAAAUAAAGCUUCACAUUUGAAUUGAAUUUAUUUUAUAGCUUUGGAGAAUCAAGAAAAGCAGUGGUCUGCUGAUAUUCCUCGGACACCAGUCUUUCUAAAAUCUGCCUGCGUGCUUUUUAAAUAGGCUAUAAUUUUUCUAAUAAAAUAACGUUUAUUACUAUACAGUCUGAGCAUGUCUGGAGGGUAGGCUGAAACCUGAGCAGGAUGGUGUAACAGUGAAGGGCAGCUCCAGAGUGAAGGGAAGCGAAAUGUCGACGGUCCUAAGAUUUCGGAUGUGGCCCGAAUGGGAUAAAAUCAGGAGCAGGCUUAGCAAUUCCUAACAGGAUCAUCGUCCAGUCAAUGCUUGUGGCCUUUUAUUAACAUUUCUGUGUGGCCUCGAGCACAGGAUCAGCAGUGAUGACAUGGCUGAUAACCUGAGUCCAGGCCGGUAAGUGUCAGGCGAUGGGCUGCGGGUGGCCGCAGAGGAAUGGAAGUCUCUGUCCAGAGCCCGAACCCCAGGGAGGGAGCCAGGGUGUUCUGCGAAGGCGUCACUGAGUGUGAUUUUGAACGAGGACCUGAAGGAAAUGAGGUUGCAAUCCAUGGAGGAAGAACCUUCCCGGUGGUGGGAGCAGAUGGACCAGAAGCCCAGGGCGGCAGCAGGCCUGUGUGAGAACAGCCGGGAGGCGGGUGUGAGAGGCCCACAGGCGCUAAGCAGCGGCUGUGUGCAGGCCCUCGUGGUUCCCCUCCACCUGUAGAGGCACCUGUGCUGCUGGAGUCCCCGGAGCAUCCGCAGGGGCGUUAGCUCCAAACCAGUGUCCUCUAGCCAUCACGAGAAUGCACGAUCAGACUGCUGAGGGAAGAGACACGUGCGUGUCCUGGACCUCUGUGGAGCUUGUCAGCUUGCAUCCUGCCCA